UCUUUGUUGCUUUUCGGCAAUCUCCUGGAAAACAAUAACUUCCGACUGAUUGUAACCUGGUGUUCACGAUGCGGUAGUCCUUGAUUGGAGACGACGUUGUAUUCAUGGCAGAAUUUCAUUACGUGUGUUAGAAAUUGUCGAUGCUGGCACCGUCGACAAAGGAAGUACAAAUUGAUAUGGGUGAUUUCUCUGAGAAAGUCUUGGCCAAAGAGCUACAUGGCCGUGUUGCGCACAACUUGUACAUUCAAGAUGGGAAAGGCUCCAGUGGAAAAGGCAUCAGGGCGAAGCCAUUACUUUCUCGCUCGUCCAGGUCAAUUGGACAAUUUCUUCAGUCAGCCUUCUUACCGCAGGGAUACCCAGACUCGGUCAGCGAUGACUACCUAGAUUAUCAGAAGUGGGAUACUAUCCAGGCAUUUUGUUCGUAUGUGACAGGUACGCUGGCAACACAGGCUGUGCUGAAAGGACUGGGUGUCGGCGAUCAGACCGCCACUGCAGCUGGUGCAACGGUCACAUGGCUAUUGAGAGAUGGUGCUGGCAUGGUGGGUCGUGUUAUAUUUGCCUGGAUUCAGGGGACAGACUUGGACUGCAAUGCAAAGCAGUGGAGAUUGGUGGCGGAUAUCUUGAACGACACGGCAAUGCUUCUGGAGCUGAUCUCUCCAUUUUUUCCCAUGUACUUCCUCUUCAUUGCGUGUUUGGCCAGCUUAGCCAGGUCUAUUGUAGGUGUUGCAGGUGGUGCAACGCGUGCAUCCAUCACCAUGCACCAGGCACGGUCAGGCAACAUGGCCGAUGUAGCCGCCAAAGACGGUAGUCAGGAGACACUGGUCAGCCUUGUUGGACUGAUUGUUGGUACAAUCAUCACACCUAUGAUCAAUAACAAUCAAAUGAUCAUUUGGACGUUGUUCUUAACAUUCACGUGUUGUCAUCUCAUCGCUAACUACAUGGCUGUGGCUGUUGUACGCAUGGAUCGACUCAAUUUUGCACGGUUUCACGUGGCUGCGCAGGACUUUCUCACUUGUGGGUCUAUACCGGGAAUAACGUCGACGAACAGCAGAGAACCGUUGCUUAUGUUACUCUUGCCUGGUGGUGUGCAUCUGCAGCUCGGAGCUCAGUUCAACUCUGUUAUUGAAAGUGCAAAUGAUUUGGACGGAUUCACGUUUGAUCGCGAUGAGAAGUACUUGAUGCGACUCAACCUGACAUCUGGGAGAUCCGUUCACAGGACUGGUGUGAUCUCUGUGGUCCUGCAUCCUGAUGUAACUGCUGACGACCUGAUGAGAUUGACACUGCACGCGGAGAUAAUCCAGCUGUGCUUGCAAGUGCGCAAGCUGGACGUAGCCGCGCCUUGUCAGCGGGAAAUGACAAUGCUAAUUGACUUCAUCUUCAAUGACAAUGGCAGUCGCAGCAAUGACGCACGCCUUCUGUCGAAAGCGGACUGCCAGCAGGUGGUGAACAUGUCCUACCGCUGUGCGCAGCGCCUAUUCCCCGAGUUCCAGGCAGGCCUUCUAGCAAAGGGCUGGCUAAUCGAUGCUGUCCAGUUCAACGUGGACGAGUGGAGAUCGAUGUGGGACAAGCAGGGAAUCGAUGUUGAUCCCAACAAGAAACUAUGAACUCGUCGUAAUGCCGACGCUUGGCAUUCAAGUUGUGCAAACAUAAUAACCAGUGGUAACAGUCCUCCUAGCCUAGGAAGGAGACUGGCUUGAUUGGUACUAUUUACAUGUAUUUAUCCUCUUUUUUUUUACUUAUUUAGGCAGUCGUAGGCAGUCGUAGGCAUGCAGUGGGUAAAUAUUUUAAACAAGCACCCUUUUUUACUUUGUGUUGCAAGUAGAUUGCAUACAAAAUGAUUCACACAAAAAUUGCAAAAGGGGAUUUUCGUAGAAAUGUUCGCAUCAACAAUCCGCAUACCUAUGAAAGAAAAAUCCUAAAUAAAAUAAAAAAAAAUUGA